UCUCCAUAACUACAGGUAGAUUUUGAGUUGCAAAUUCAUUUUGAAUACUAUGAUCUUGAUUUUGUUUAGAAACGGCAACUCAGAAAUCAGAUCAGUCACUGAAAUGAAAAAGAAAUACCAGAACAUCAAACAGAAAGCCAAAGCUAAGAGGAGCCAUGCCAUGCGGCCCCCAACUGGAGGUGGACCCCGUCCAGAGUCUCCUACAACCCCUGAGCAGCUUGUGCUACAGAACCUGGAGGGCAGGCCCAGUCUCUGUGGCAUAUCCGGCGGCAUUGACUCAGACAUUCCCAUGACUUCUGAGAGUUGUGACACAGAGGCGGCGGCAGAGGAACCAGAAUCCACGCAGAUGUUUUCAUCAAUUGAUACCUCAUUUCUAAGCAGCUAA